GAGGAGAUAAACGAAUGUGACAAAGUACGAUGGAUCCAAUGCAUGACUUGCUCCUACCAUCCACGUUGAUCACCAAACGUUGAAGGACAUCCGAAUCAACGUAGGUGCAGAGCUCGUACUGAAACUAGCGCAGCCCGAUAUUAGCUACCGUAGAUCUGCGAUGUCCAAGCCAUCUAUCAGCACGGCGUAUAUUUCAGCGUCUACCAAUCGCUUCAACCAUGCAGCAGAUGCCUCAACAUCUUCCCUGAUUGCUUGUGGAUCAGGGAAAUUAAUCGCAUUGUGGGACACUCAAGACACAGAUGGCAGAGGCAUCUUCCAGACACUGCCCGGUCACGAAGGACUAGUUACCUGCGUUCGUUUUGUGGCUUCUGACGCAUUUGCUAGUGCGGAUGACAAGGGGACAGUCCGCUACUGGAGAUUAUUUGGGACAGAGUGGAGGACUACCGCGAUCAUGCAAGCGCACCGACAAGCUGUCUCCGUGCUUCGCGCGUUCGACAAAUUCUUGCUUACCGGAAGUUCAGACUCUUCCAUCAAAAUCUGGGAGGUGCAACGUGGUGAUGUCAAUGAUGAGAUGAAUGAGAUUCAAACCAUUUCGCUUCAAGGAUGGUAUCCGUUGUCUCUAGCACUCGCAUUUCUACCAUCUUCUGAAGCGAUAAUACUUGCGAUUGGCGGAACCGAUCGUAACGUGCACAUUUGGACCCGCUCUGACGGACAAUUUAUUCGGUCAGCUACUCUGUCAGGACAUGAAGACUGGAUACGUGCACUGGCGUUCCGAGCUCCAUCGACACCGAGCGAUCCUCUCGUGCUCGCUUCAGGCUCACAGGAUGGAACCAUUCGACUUUGGAACGUGGAAUCCUUCGUUAAGAUGCAGUCUCAGCCACAGACUCGUACAAAAGACUCGGGGGACGAUCUCAGCGACGAUCUCCUGGAUGCAUUUGAAGCUUCGUUAGGAGACCUGGGUGCAGACGCAGAAGAGGGCGGCAGACAGAUUUCGCUCAAACGGCAUGUUCUUACCGUUAAAUCGAGUUCUGGGACGCAGCAGUACUCUAUUACAUUCGAUGCUCUCUUGAUCGGCCACGAGGCAGGGGUUACGUCCCUUUCUUGGUCUCCUUCGAAUGCGACCCUGCUCUCUACGUCAACAGACUCCUCUCUCAUCCUAUGGGCUCCUAGUUCGAUCAUCUCCACCUCAUACUCUUCAUCAAUGUCAUCUAUCUGGAUUAAUAUACAACGUUUCGGUGAUGUCGGAGGUCAACGUCUCGGUGGCUUUAUUGGAGGCCUUUGGGGAAACGACGGCACCGAAGCCAUGGCAUGGGGUUGGAGUGGAGGCUGGCGGCGAUGGCGUCGCGUCACGAGUGAAAGAACAGCUGGCGAGGAGUGGGAAGAGGUUGGUGCGAUAAGCGGACAUAGUGGUCCAGUAAAGGGUCUCAACUGGAGCCCCAAAGGAGAGUAUCUGGUAUCUGUAGGGCUGGACCAGACAACGCGCAUUCAUGGUGCUAUAACCUCCUCUGCCCCCGAAUUGAGCAUUUGGCAUGAGUUGUCACGCCCUCAGAUACAUGGUUAUGAUCUAAUGGGUGCAGCAUGGAUCGGUCCGUGGACUUUUGCAAGCGUUGCUGACGAGAAGGUCGCACGAGUAUUUGAAGCUCCACGAAAUUUUGUCGAGGAGGUCCGGGUGCUGGGGGUCAAAGAUUUGGCGCAGAGCGAGGGUGACAGACCAGCAACGGCUAGUGUGCCUCCUCUUGGGUUAUCGAACAAGGCUGUCAGUGAUGCACCUUCAGAACUGGAUAGUAGCAGACCUUGUAGGCGCCCUUUUGAAGGAGAGCUAGCUUCCAUCACCCUUUGGCCCGAAAUCGAGAAAGUGUUCGGGCAUGGGUAUGAGUCGAUCACAAUUUCUGCUUCUAACUCGCUCGACCUUCUUGCGACUGCUUGCCGCGCAACCUCCGCGCAGCAUGCUAUCGUCCGCGUAUACACGACAGCAGGCUACCAGCCUUUCGGCGCUCCUCUCGAAGGCCAUAGCUUGACAGUCACUCGUAUAGCGUUCAGCCCGCCAGACGAUAGAUACAUCCUCACCGUAAGCCGGGAUCGAACGUGGAGACUAUUCGAGAAGAAAGAAAAUGGCUAUAUGCCCGUCGCUGCAGAUAAAUCGCACGGAAGAAUCAUCUGGGAUUGCGCAUGGAGCUGCGAAGGAGACCUUUUUGCCACCGCGUCUCGUGACAAGACCGUAAAAAUAUGGAAGCAGAACUCCGACUCUGAUCGGUGGGGAGCAAUUACGACAAUGAAAUUCGAAGAAGCAGCAACUGCUGUCGCGUUUUGCUCUGCUGGUGAAGAACGACGGCUUGCGGUCGGUUUAGAGACAGGAGAAAUCAAGAUAUAUUCAAAUUUUAUGUUCGCACCAGAUCAGUGGACAUUAGUGUUGACUGUCGACUCAAAUUUGGCACAUGUUGAUCACAUCAAUUAUUUGGCAUGGAGAGCAACUGAUAAUCCAUCGAGGAAACAACUAGCGUCCUGCAGCGAAGAUGGUACGCUGAAAGUACUGAUUGUCCAGUUUGGCGUAGAUUAAAGUACGUUGGUAGACACACUAAGCUCCACAGUAGUAGAAAAAUGACACAAAGAGAAUGGACAUAAAACACAGUAAGCCGAUUCGCAAGGUAAACGUAGUGGAGACAGGAAGAAAAGACUGCUAUACAGUGGUCAAUGUCUAGAAGACGGGUACCAAGAGUGAUGGAAACAGUGUCAGUA